CCAGUCCCAUGCGGACCCCUCGUUUGCCUCUUUCCUAACCCUCCGUACGGAGUCUCGCACAAAUGGCGGACGUCGAGAAUGGCUCGCCAACCGAGCCAGCCCAAAUACCCACGGCCCUCCCGCAGGCAGACAACAAGGAGGAUGCCGGCGAUGUCAUAGCGCAUGCUGAGGGCCCCCUCGACGCCGACAAGCCCGCCCUCACAGAGGACCUGGAGCCCCAGACAGUCGAGCUCGAGGCAUCCGACGAGUCCUCCCCGUCCCCCGCGCAAUUGGAGACCGUUGAGAACACAGCCUCGCCCGAUCACGCUGCAAGCCCUCCGGAGGAACCCGUCGCAUCCCCGGAACCCACCCCCGACGCGGAACACGACUCGAAGUCGAAGGGCGGUAGUCCCGAUAUACCACCAGAGGUUCCCGCUGUCAACGUGGAACACGAAGCCCCGGCCGACAGGCACGAUGCCGGUUCGAUACCCCCUCGCGAUGAGCCCGCCUCCGAUGCCCGCAUGCGCUCGGAUUCCAGGUCAACAACGGCGACCUUCGCCACGCAUCGCUCCGUGACUGUCAGUUCCACCGUCUUCGUGGUCACCGCGCUCGACACAAUCGGCGCAUCCAAAGAGGCGCGCAAGGAUAAAAAAUUGGAGGAGGCCGUGAAGAGCGCGCUCGCCAAUGUCAAACAGUCGGACCGUCAACCGAUCGACCCCGAACUUCUGUUCCGCCCCCUGCACCUUGCCACAAAAUCAUUCAGCAUUCCUCUGCAGGUGACGGCCCUCGACUGCAUCGGGAAACUGAUUACCUACUCAUACUUCGCCUUCCCUUCGGCCCAGACGGCCGAGGCCGAGGCCAACCCGGAGCAGCCUCCCCUCAUCGAACGAGCCAUCGAUGCGAUUUGCGAAUGCUUUGAGAACGAGGCCACCCCUGUUGAGAUCCAGCAGCAGAUCAUCAAGUCGCUUCUUGCAGCAGUCCUGAAUGACAAGAUUGUUGUCCACGGAGCGGGUCUCCUGAAAGCUGUCCGCCAAAUAUACAACAUCUUCAUAUAUUCCAAAUCCUCCCAGAACCAGCAGAUUGCCCAGGGGUCAUUGACUCAGAUGGUCAGCACGGUGUUCGAUAGAGUCCAGGCCAGGCUGGAGCUGAAGGAACUACACUUGCGCGAGGGUGAGAAGGGGCAAUCCGGAUCUUCAGACACUGUCACUCUCGAACCGACUGAGGCUCAGACGGCGGAAGAUGAUCACGUGUCAGAUGCACCCUCUGCGAUCCCCGAGCAGUCUGAAACCAAGGAGCCCGUGGAAAAGCUGACGUUGCAGAGUUUCGAAUCCAACAAGGAUGUGACUUCUGUCAAUGACAAUGCCCCCACAAUGGUCACCCGUGCCAGGGUAAACCAACGGCCUUCACGGUCCCUGUCCGCUGCCUCGGGAGAGGAUGACCACUCUGCAGACGAUGACGAAGAUGAAAUAUACGUCAAAGACGCAUUCCUCGUCUUCAGGGCUCUGUGCAAGCUGAGCCACAAGAUCCUGAGCCAUGAUCAACAGCAGGAUCUCAAGUCACAGAACAUGAGGUCCAAAUUGCUGUCUUUGCACCUUAUCCAUUACCUUCUCAACAACCACGUCUCCAUCUUUGUAUCUCCACUCCUUACGAUCAAAAAUAGCUCCAACGGUCCGGAUGCAAUGACGCUACUUCAGGCUGUUCGGCCCCAUAUCUGUCUCAGCCUCAGUCGAAACGGCUCCAGCUCGGUGCCCAGGAUCUUUGAGGUCUGCUGUGAGAUAUUCUGGCUCAUGCUGAAGGACAUGAGAGUCAUGAUGAAGAAAGAGCUUGAGGUCUUUCUCAAGGAGAUCUACCUGACCAUCCUCGAGAAGCGCAAUUCUCCCAUGUACCAGAAGCAGUAUUUUAUGGAAAUCCUGGAGAGGUUGGCCGGUGAUCCGCGCGCUUUGGUUGAGAUGUAUCUCAAUUAUGACUGCGACAGAACCGCGUUGGAGAAUAUUUUCCAGAACGUCAUCGAGCAAUUAUCCCGGUAUGCGAGUGUACCCGUCACAGUGACCGCCUUCCAGCAGCAACAGUACCAGGAGCACCACGUCAAGGUCUCAACCAUUGGGAAUGACUGGCACCAACGGGGGACUCUUACCCCGUCGCUGACCACGGCCAAUGUUACUGGCGCUCCACAGUCAAACCUGCAACAUGUGCCCCCCGACUACAUAUUGAAGAAUCAAGCGAUCGAGUGUUUGGUGGAAAUCUUGCAGUCGUUGGAUAACUGGGCCUCUCAGCGUCUGAUCGACCAGGCUGCUCCCAUUCCCCACUCGUCUUCGCAGAAGUCGAUUGACAACCCUAGAGAGUCGAUAGACACAACUGCCGGCACCUAUCUUGCCUCCCCACGGAUCGAAAGCGUUGACGGCAACACUACCCCGGUAGCAGAAGACGAUCCGAGCCAGAUAGAGAGGGUCAAGCAAAGGAAGAUUGCCUUCACGAAUGCCAUUCAGCAGUUCAACUUCAAGCCCAAGCGUGGAAUCAAGCUCUUUGUCAAGGAAGGAUUCGUACGCUCCGGCUCCCCUGAGGAAAUUGCAGCCUUUUUGUACCGGAAUGAGCGGUUAGACAAGGCCAUGAUCGGCGAGUAUCUAGGCGAAGGAGAUGCGGAAAAUAUUGCCAUCAUGCACGCCUUUGUGGAUAUGAUGGAUUUCUCGAAGCGGCGCUUCGUUGAUUCUCUCCGCCAAUUUCUGCAGAACUUCCGUUUGCCUGGCGAGGCGCAGAAGAUCGAUCGCUUCAUGCUGAAAUUUGCAGAGCGCUACGUCACUCAGAACCCGAAUGCAUUCGCCAACGCAGACACAGCGUACGUUCUUGCGUACUCCGUGAUCCUGCUCAACACGGAUCAGCACAGUGCGAAGAUCAAGGGACGUCGCAUGACGCCAGAAGAUUUCAUCAAGAACAACCGCGGUAUCAACGAUAGCCAGAACUUGCCUGAUGAAUAUCUGACCUCCAUCUACGAGGAGAUUGCAAACAAUGAAAUCGUUCUGGACACGGAACGGGAGCAUGCUGCCAACCUCAGUAUUCCUACAUCCGCCCCCGCCGGCCUCGCAUCCAGAGCUGGCCAAGUGUUCGCUACCGUGGGUAGGGAUAUCCAGGGAGAGAAAUACUCACAGGCCUCGGAGGAAAUGGCCAACAAAACCGAGCAGCUCUACCGGAGUUUGAUCCGGGCGCAGCGGAAGACGGCCGUCAAGGAAGCUUUGUCGCGCUUCAUCCCGGCAACCUCGGUCCAACAUGUUGGCUCUAUGUUCAAUGUAACCUGGAUGUCUUUCCUUUCCGGCUUAUCUGCACCGAUGCAGGAUACUCAGUACCUUGAAAUUAUCAGGCUCUGCAUGGGCGGUAUGAAGCUGGCCAUACGUAUCAGUUGUGCGUUUGAACUGGAGACACCCCGUGUGGCGUUCGUAACAGCGUUGGCCAAGUUCACGAACCUGGGCAAUGUGAGGGAGAUGGUGGCAAAGAACGUCGAGGCCUUGAAGGCAUUGCUAGACGUGGCUCUUACGGAAGGAAACCAUCUCAAGGGCUCCUGGAGAGAAAUCCUGACCUGCGUCAGUCAGCUUGAUCGCCUCCAACUCCUGUCCGAUGGCGUCGACGAAGACUCCCUGCCUGAUGUCUCCCGCGCCCGCAUUGUGACACAGCCAUCUCCAGACGGGUCUCGGAAGUCUAUGCAGGCAUCGAGACGGCCUCGUCCUCGAUCAAUCAAUGGACCUACCGCUUUCCGUAGCGAGGUUGCAAUGGAGAGUCGGUCCGCCGGGAUGAUCAGGGGAGUGGACCGCAUCUUCACUAACACGGCUAACCUUUCCCACGAGGCCAUCAUCGACUUCAUUCAGGCGCUGAGUGAGGUGAGCUGGCAGGAAAUCCAGUCCUCUGGGCAGACCGAGUCUCCGCGGACGUACAGCUUACAGAAGCUGGUCGAGAUCAGCUACUACAACAUGACGAGAGUGAGGAUAGAGUGGUCCAAGAUUUGGGAGGUGCUUGGUCAGCAUUUCAAUCAGGUCGGCUGCCAUUCGAACACUACUGUCGUCUUUUUCGCCCUCGAUUCCCUUCGUCAGCUCUCGAUGCGCUUCAUGGAAAUUGAGGAGCUGCCUGGCUUCAAGUUCCAGAAGGAUUUCCUCAAGCCGUUUGAGCAUGUCAUGGCGAACAGCAGUGCCGUUACCGUCAAAGACAUGAUUCUCCGGUGUCUCAUCCAGAUGAUUCAGGCACGCGGAGACAACAUCCGCUCUGGUUGGAAAACAAUGUUCGGUGUCUUCACGGUUGCUGCCCGUGAGCCGUACGAGGGCAUUGUCAACAUGGCCUUCGAACAUGUGACCCAGAUCUACAACACUCGAUUUGGCGUUGUCAUAACGCAGGGUGCAUUCCCCGAUCUGGUUGUGUGUCUCACAGAAUUUUCCAAGAACUCGAGAUUCCAAAAGAAGUCGUUGCAAGCCAUUGAAAUGCUCAAGUCGACGGUCUCCAAAUUGCUCAGGACGCCGGAGUGCCCGCUGUCUCAUCGCGGCGCAUCACCGCCGGUGGGCUUCCAUGAGGAUGCUACCAACCUGACCCAGCAGCUUACGCGCCAGUCUAAGGAGGAGCAAUUCUGGUACCCGAUCUUAAUCGCCUUCCAAGACGUGCUGAUGACCGGUGAUGAUCUCGAGGUCCGGUCCCAAGCAUUGACCUACCUGUUCGACACAUUGAUACGAUACGGUGGCGAAUUCCCGCAAGAAUUCUGGGACGUGCUGUGGAGACAGCUUCUCUAUCCCAUCUUUGUGGUGUUGCAGUCCAAGUCGGAGAUGUCCAAGGUGCCCAAUCACGAGGAGCUUUCCGUUUGGCUCUCGACUACUAUGAUCCAGGCUCUGAGAAACAUGAUCACACUGUUCACCCAUUACUUCGAUGCACUGGAAUACAUGCUUGGUCGCAUCCUGGAACUUCUCACGCUGUGUAUCUGCCAGGAAAAUGACACGAUUGCAAGAAUUGGAAGUAACUGCUUGCAACAGUUGAUCUUGCAGAACGUUACCAAGUUCCAGCUCGAGCACUGGAAAAAGGUUGUUGGCGCCUUUGUCGAGCUUUUCAGCAAGACCACCGCCUACGAGCUGUUCACCGCCGCUGCUUCGAUGUCUUCAAAGGCACCGUCGAAACCCGCUAACGGUGACUCGGCAAAUACUGAAGACGCUGGCCAAGACUCUUCUGAAAGUACCUCGGACCAGGAACAUGGAGCUGAAUCGCCCAAGCCCAAUGGAACGCAGAACCUUUCUUCUGAGCACGAGGAAGGCGAUAUGCAAGCAGCCGAAACUCCCGCGUUGGAGGACUAUAGACCUCAGGCAGAGGCCCAACAACAGCCCGCCGCUGUGACCGUGGCCCGACGUCGCUUUUUCAACCGGAUCAUCACCAACUGUGUGCUGCAGCUGCUUAUGAUCGAAACCGUGCAUGAAUUGUUCUCGAACGACAAGGUCUUCUCUCAAAUCCCCAGUCAUGAACUCUUGCGGCUGAUGGGCUUGUUGAAGAAGAGCUAUCAGUUCGCGAAGAAGUUCAAUGAAGACAAGGAACUGCGGAUGCAGCUUUGGCGUCAGGGAUUCAUGAAACAGCCCCCGAACCUGCUCAAGCAGGAAAGUGGAAGCGCCGCCACUUAUGUUCACAUCCUUUUCCGCAUGUACCACGAUGAGAGGGAGGAGAGGAAGAGCAGCCGCGCAGCAACCGAGGCCGCCCUGAUUCCGUAAGUGUUGCAAUUCUUUUCCCCGUAACGAAACGUCGGUCUUGCUAACCACCCAUCGCAGACUCUGUGCGGACAUCAUCCACAGCUUUGUCCUCCUGGAUGAAGAUUCACAGCAUCGCAAUGUCGUGGC